CGUAGAGGACGCGUAGCGGAAAACUCCGCGGAAAUGCCGCGCUUGCGAUUCCGAUAUGUAACGGAUUAUUCGCUCCGAUAAUUCCGCACGUGAUUGUGCCGUAGAACUUGUAGAUACCGUUUGUGAAGGAUUCUUUUCCGCCAUUUUCGUGUCGUUUUUCGCUCGAACGUUUGACGUGCUACGCUUAUGACUUUACAGCUGUGAAAUUACUUAUUGAUUGCUCGUAUCGGAUAUAAUGGCAAGAGAAACCACAAAAUUAAACGACGUCAAAUCAGUGACUUAAACUUAUACCUGAAGCUGACAGAAAUACACGAAAAUGCUGCACAGAACAUCUUCCUCACGACGUCGUCGGGCUUCAAGAAGUGCAGCAACUUCACCCCAGACCAGAUCACCAAGACCUUCCGCCCAGUCUUCCCGCAGAGCGUCCCUGGCAACAACAGAAACUGAUGACGAAAUAGAACCUGCUCCACCAAGAAGCCCGAGAGCCAGCCUCGCUCCAGACGCAGCUUUAGAAUCAUACCAUAGAAGUCCUCGACACUCCCUAGUCCCUGAAACAAGAUCAGCCAGAAACUCUAUAACCCCCGACACUGCAUUAGGAAGAAACACGUUAGGACCAUCAAGAAAUAACUUAGGCGUUGAACCAGCAUACGGAUCACGUUUAAGUCUAAACCCUCAAGACUUUAAUCGAAGUCCAAGAAAUAGUCUAACUCCUGAUGUAACAGCUAGGAGUCCACGAAGAAGUUUGGUACCAGAAGGAACAUCAUGGAAUCAGCCUAGAAAUUCUUUGGUACCUGAUGUUGGAAGAAGUCCACGACAUUCCGUUGCAAGUAUUCAGAUUGAUCCUGCUAGGAGUCAAAAAGAACUGGGUCCAAGUCCGAGAACUAGUCCUAGAGGAAGUAUAGCACCUGAUACGUUAAUAAAGAAGGAAUGCCCAGAUAUAAAUAGGAGUCCCAGAGGAUCACUUAUUCCGGAUUCCCAAAGAAGUCCAAGAGGCAGUAUUGCUCCUUCUGAGAGGAGUGCGAGAGGGAGCCUGGCUGCUAUUGAGGUUGAUGCAUCAAGAAUCAGUCCCAGAGGAAGUUUGACGCUUACUUUUCAAGAGCCUUUAGUAUCUAGAGAGAGGCGAGCGAGUGAAGACAGUCAAAAUGCUGGUAAUCGAGGUCGAGUAUCUCCAUACCGAGCGUCGCUGGGUGGCCGGCAGAGCGGGACCGCCAUGUCUGAUACUGGCUCCAGAAGAGCAUCGAGUUCUGUAAGCCAAGUAUCAGGCGAUGAACAACGGAGGUUGUGCGGCGAACAGGCCAAGUACAGCGACCGGACCGGUCUGGGAUUGGGUGUUGGGCUCACGACUUAUGGCUCGGUGGCAUAUCAGCUUAAAGAUGCCAACAUAGAGGCCUCGGGGACCGUAGACUUCGUGUGCAGAGCUGCUAAGAUUAUGAACAGGACCAUUGUAAUGACAGUGUUCCUGGCCUGCCUGUCCACGUUACCAGUUAUCAUGUUAAUUAUGGGUGUCCAAUACAUUCGCGACUGUCCAGCUGAGCCUCGAAUACCAGUCUACAUGGUGGUGGGUGGUGCAGCUGGGGGUAUCGGCAUCUGCUGGCUGCUGUGGGCACAGCUGGCGAGCAGGAGCUCCAACUCUUCCGUGAGCGUCCUUGAGCGGGCACUCGCUUACACGCUCACCUUGUUCCUUAUGGGCUGGUUCGCUUGCGGGAACUAUUGGACGUUGGAAAUCAUGUGGCCAGACUAUGCGCCAACGCUGUUCGAGCCCAACCAGUGGUGCCACAAAACACUGUACGUGUUCGCGCUGACUCAGCUUGGUGUUGUGUGGGGCGUAGUGACACUUUUACUGCUUUUACUACUGGCCCUCGUUAUUUGUCAAGUAUUCGGCUGUGGAUGGCUAGGUCCGCCGAGAUACAAGUAGCAACGGCGCAGUGUCGUGCUCGAGCUGUGGCACCGCAACAUCAACAACACCAUGGACGUCGCCGGCGCCCUGCUGCCCUUCACCCAAGUAGUACGCCCCGAGCUCACCAUCCACGUCCAAGAAGUCCUAACCCAAGCCGACA